AUGGGUGACGUUGCCGCAGCAUUUGCUCAACAUGAAAUCACUCCAAAAAUCAUAGAUAACCCUCCAAAGCAGAAGCUUCACGUAAGUUCUUUUUUACAUCUGUUCGCACUCUACUGCUCACUCGACGCUUUUCAGCUCGUGUGGGAUGGAAUCCAGGUGGAACCGGGAAUGACAAUGUCAACAAGAAACCUAAAAAACGCUCCUCGCUUCAAUCUGCCGGGUGCCGAUCCAGAAAGCACAUUUAGUUUGCUGAUGAUUGGUACGUUUUGUAAUAGUGACCUAUCGGCGCUGACAGCACGACAUUGUAAAAGGAACAGUUGGUAUGUGUGGACAAGAGUAGAGUUUGUGUAA